AUGCAAGGUGAAAGUUUAGAAUACGACCAAGAAAGUUUGUCGACGACAUCGCUUUUGAGCAGCUGGACCAUGCGGACGGAACGAGCAGGAGGCAUGAGGCCAAGAAAGCUUCGCUCUCCACUUGUGAAGGCACGCGAAACAAAAGCCACCUCUUGGGUUGGAGGACUAGUUCACUUCCUUCCUAGUCGAGACAAAUAUGAGGAUACCUUCCUGCGGAAGACCCCUGCGCUAGUCACGGAGGAUUUGCACAGAAGAGGAAGCAAUAAGAACAAGGAAAGGCCUAGCAAAAAUGUUUCUGAUGAUCAACUUGUUGCCUCUCGAUUGUUCUCUCACCGCAUCAUCUCACGGUUUCGUGCCACUACGAAAUGGUUUUAUGAAAAACCGUCGCUACCAGAAAGGCCCCUGGCGAGCCCGGUGGCGGAAAGACGGGGUGACAGUGCGAACCUGACGUACGUUUACGAAUGCGAAAGGAAGGCUGCGGGAGGCCCAAAGAUGCGGUAUCUGUGGCUUUUAGCCUCGCCCUGCCUGACAGCACAAAGCACCAGUCUCGAAUUGGGCCGAACAUCUUCGCAAACUAGUACUUAUCUUUCGCUAAUUACCGGGCAUUCAUUUGCAUUUAUUUCGAAGUUGAACUUCGUCGCUAUCCAAGCCUCCCCGAGUAGAAAGAGUUCGACUAGCCGAUCUAAGGGAAGAGAUAGCUGA